AUGGAGAGUUGUUUAGACUCUCCGACUUCAGAAUCUCCGCCUGAUCCUGAACAAGAGGCAUUUGACUCAGCCAAAAACGACCCGACCGAAGACCAGCCCGCACUGUUUCGAAUGUCCAUUCCUAACGAAUCGUCGGAAACCACCGGAAACCCGCUUCUCCCAAUAGACAUCCCGUUCCCCCCAUUCGAGCCGACCUUCUCGACUCAAGAGCCAGGGCGCCAACAUGCCGAGCGAUGGCCUCUUCAACACUGGCAACCCUCAGCACAGCGCCAGCAACAAAAACUGUCAAUUGGACGACAAGAUCAGGUAGAAUCACUGCAAAGUCCAGUACAGCCUCAAGCGGCACUACUGGAAUACUCGCCGAGGUCGGAGGAACCACAGCAAGUGGACCCAGCUCCG